AUAAAAGCGUAGGUCAAAUGUGGGAGGGAGCUCUGCGUUUCCUGUACCGCUACAUUGUAACUGAUCAUCAAAUUACAAUGUAAAUCCUAAUCGGAACAUUAUUUCAAACGCAGAACAUAUCAUUCAUGUCAUAUCCAUCACCUGGAAUACCGGGUGGCAAUUAACCAACGAAUACAUGAUUUGCGGUCUAAAUAUCAGGCGCUGUCACAUUGACAGCGGUAGGAUAUCCGGAAAACUUGAGGGAGGUUUGCACGAGCCAUUGCGGUGUUGACGUAGGAGCUAAAGCCUUUUCAACCGAUGUCUAAGGACCCUCCUCCAAGGUGACAUACAUCCAAUCACAGACUAGCAUGGGAGAAGAUGGACAUUCCAGCUGCCAAUCAGAGCUACGGACAUGGCGGGCAGCCCGGGGUGUGUCAUAAUGCCUGGUCAGCAACCACACCCCCGACCGGUCUUGGAUGUACCACUGCCCAAGGACUCUCCAGUGACCCUCUACCCAGCUUACAGGGUCUGAACCUGGGCCCAGCCUCACACCAGAGUCCCUCUAAUAACAUCCCUCAAUCCAUGGCUCAGUUACAGUACUCACACCAGGGCUGUCUCAGCAGUCUUCCUACGACCCCAUUUAGGAACCAAUCACCUUCAGCUCUUAUACCAUGCCUGAAUCAAGAGCCUCACAUACCACAUGUACACAUGGGUAAUUAUAUUUCCUACAACAUUCCUCCACCAUCAACACUCGUCCCUCUGAAACAAGGUCCGCCAGCUAGUGGGCCUCCAUCCACGAUACCGUCUUCAAACCAGGGUCCCCAGAAUACUGUCUCUCCUCCAGUCUCUUCCUCUUCUCCAUAUCCUCCAUAUCCGUCUUCAAACCAGGGUCCCCAGAAUACUGUCUCUCCUCCAGUCUCUUCCUCUCCUCCAUAUCCUCCAUAUCCGUCUUCAAACCAGGGUCCCCAGAAUACUGUCUCUCCUCCAGUCUCUUCCUCCCCUCUAUAUCCUCCAUAUCCGUAUGCAAACCAAGGCUUUGUGAAUGGCCCUCCUGUGACAUUGACAAGUCCAAACCAAGGCUUUGUGAAUGGCCCUCCUGUGACAUUGACAAGUCCAAACCAAGGCUUUGUGAAUGGCCCUCCUGUGACAUUGACAAGUCCAAACCAAGGCUUUGUGAAUGGCCCUCCUGUGACAUUGACAAGUCCAAACCAAGGCUUUGUGAAUGGCCCUCCUGUGACAUUGACAAGUCCAAACCAAGGCUUUGUGAAUGGCCCUCCUGUGACAUUGACAAGUCCAAACCAAGGCUUUGUGAAUGGCCCUCCUGUGACAUUGACAAGUCCAAACCAAGGCUUUAUGAAUGGCCCUCCUGUGACAUUGACAAGUCCAAACCAAGGCUUUAUGAAUGGCCCUCCUGUGACAUUGACAAGUCCCAACCAAGGCUUUAUGAAUGGCCCUCCUGUGACAUUGACAAGUCCAAACCAAGGCUUUGUGAAUGGCCCUCCUGUGACAUUGACAAGUCCAAACCAAGGCUUUGUGAAUGGCCCUCCUGUGACAUUGACAAGUCCCAACCAAGGCUUUAUGAAUGGCCCUCCUGUGACAUUGACAAGUCCAAACCAAGGCUUUAUGAAUGGCCCUCCUGUGACAUUGACAAGUCCAAACCAAGGCUUUAUGAAUGGCCCUCCUGUGACAUUGACAAGUCCCAACCAAGGCUUUGUGAAUGGCCCUCCUGUGACAUUGACAAGUCCCAACCAAGGCUUUAUGAAUGGCCCUCCUGUGACAUUGACAAGUCCCAACCAAGGCUUUAUGAAUGGCCCUCCUGUGACAUUGACAAGUCCCAACCAAGGACCCCCCAACAGCCGUUUUUCAUCCAUGUCACCAUGUGGGAGCCAGAGCCAACAGUGUUCACACCCGUAUCCUCCACAACUCACCUCACCAGUCCAGCAGCAACCCCAAUGGGUCCUGGCUCAGCAACACUAUAGUCACAGUGGUGUAAUGUACAAGCCUGGUGCCACCUCACAUCCUGUACAGGAGGAUACCACCAUGCAACCGUCCUGUCCGUCUCUGGGGGACAGUGGGGUGUCCGGCCCCAGCUCACCUAUCUCAGAGUCACGCUAUGGCCUACACCCUCAGCUUCUACCCAGCGCUGUGCGUAUGAUGGAGGAGGACAGGACAGUGUGGGAGGGGAAGGUGUUUGUGUCUGAACCCAUCUCCUCUCUACCUCCGUUGGCUACCACAGACUGUGUCAUGGAGGACAGAGGUAACUGCAGUCCUCGGUUCAUCCUUUCUACCUCCUACUGCGUUCCGUGUGAGGGCCAGACGGCCCUCCAGAGCCACCUACCCCUGGGGGCCCUAGUCAGCCCUCUGGCUAAGCUACACACAGGAGAGCGCCCCCUGUCUGUGUGUAUGGAGGCAGACACUGUAAAGGGCUGUGGGGAGUGUGGGGCUUACAUGUGUUCAGCUAUGGGAUGGCAGGACUGUGGACAGAGAUUCUACUGCCCAUUCUGUGGGAAACUCCGUGAAGUUGGAUGGCAGCAUUACCAGCCAACACAGGGAGUAGAGGGGAACAGAGUGGACAGAGAGCAGAGACCUGAGCUCAGUCUGGGCUCCUAUGAGAUACUGGACAGUCAACAGGAUGUGCCUGCUUCUGUGUUGCUCCUGGCCGUGGAUGUGUCUGCUGCAGCACUGAGAGGAGGACACCUGGAGCUCAUCAGUCAGCAGCUACGUUCUCUACUCACAUCACUAAAUAGGGAGGAAGGUGCGUUCCAAUCAGAUGUCCGUGUGGGGUUGAUGACCUAUGACAGCCGGAUCCACCUCUAUGACCUCAGCCCUGCCCUGUCCCGCCCACACAUGCUGGUCGUCACGGAGACAGAGGACCUGCAGCUUCCUGUGAGGGAGGGGCUUCUAGUUCCACUCAAAGACUGCAUAGACAGUAUCAACAGUGUCCUGCAGCGUAUCCCUCUGUUCAGUGCAGAGUUUGAGGAGGCAGGUGGAGUUCUCCUGGAGCUGCCUGUCAAGGCUGGACUGGUCGUUCUACAGGAGUUGGGUUGUCCUGGCAAGCUGCUGGUCUUCCAAACUGCUCCCUUCAUCGAGGGGACACACACACACAACUCCUCUAGCUUCUUCAGCUCCAACAAACCAAAGUCUCUGUUUCAGCCUCCGGACCCUGCUGUCUCAUUGGCUAAGGAGUGUGUCAGUCAGGGCUGUGGCGUGCACCUGUUUGUGUUCUCCCAGCAGGAUGUGGGCGGGGCUUGGCCGGGACAUGUUCCUUACCUGACAGGUGGAGAGCUGCACUGCUACCACAGUCUCCAGGGAGAGUUGGACAGGGAGCGUUUCAGCAGUGACCUGAGGAGGACUGUAGAGACAGAGACGGGCUAUAGGGCCACACUCAGGGUACAUGUCAGUAAAGAUCUGCGCGUGUCAGGGUGUUAUGGCUCGUUCGUCCCCGGGCCCAACCCCGCCCACGUCACCAUGGCAACCCUUGAUUGGCGUACGACGCUGGCCGUUGAGUUAACACACAGCAGAGCUCUGGACGAAAAGAGGGGCGUGGUCGUACAGACCGUCCUGUCCUACACCAGCCAACAGGGAGAGAGGAGGACCCGGGUCCACAGUCUGUCUCUGUGCUGCUCACACCACCUACUGGACACCUUCUGUAACUGCCAGGCCCAGACUCUGCUCACCUUCUACUGCAAGAAGAUGUACUGUGCCGUGUUGGAGCGCCCUCUACAGGAGCUGAGAGAGGAACUGCAGACAGAGGUGACAGAGUCCUUGGCCUGCUAUAGGAAACACUGCAGCUCCUCCUCUGUGUCCCCGGGACAGCUGGUCCUACCCCAGCACCUGAAGACCCUGCCAGUCUACCUCAACAGCCUGAGGAAGAGUGAAGUUCUGCUUCCCGGCCUCCGCAGUUCAGUACACCAACGCCUGCAGCUCCGCUGUCAAGUGGUCUCCAUGGAUACCAAGACCACAGCAGGACACUUCUACCCUCUGCUGCUACCACUGCCAGUAGGUGGCGAUACCUCCAGUCCUCUCAGCCUAGGGGAGGCUGUUCGCUGCACUGCUGCUAGCCUGGACCAUGGAGGUCUCUACCUGGUCCACGGACCCCUGGUUCUGCUACUCUGGGUGGGCCACAACGUCUCGAACACCUCCCUGGUCCAACUCUUCAACAUCACCUGUCUGUCCACACUACCCUCUGGAGAGACGAAGCUGCCUGUGCUGGACAACCCUCUGUCUGUUAGUGUGAGGUCACUCAUCAACGCCCUGAACUCACAGACACACUAUACUCGCAAGCUGCGUGUGGUGAAGCAGGGGGACAGCUGUGAGGAGGCUUUACAACGCCUCCUGGUAGAAGAUAAGAGUCCCAACGGGGGAGCGAGCUACGCUGACUUCCUGUACCACCUCCACGUCAACUCUAUACAACUGCUGGUUCGUUAGUUGUAAAAUGGUUUGAACUGGAAAACGCAAACGUGGGAUUCUAAUUGGACAAGUCCAGCUAAUCCCUCCCAUGUUUCAUUCAGCGUUUCUUCUGUUUGGUGCCUAAUGAACAUGACCCUGGUGUUUUCAGCAGUAUGGCCAGGGGUUUUUACAGAUCACCUCAACCACAUGUGAAUGAUCAUAUCCUUAUUUGACUUACAGUAUGCAACUGGUUGUUGUACUUGAUGUUCAUCAGCAAAAGGUGAUGUCUUAUUUUUUUGCCAGUUGUAGUAAUAACUUUUCAAAUCAAGUAACAUUUCAUUGGUCACAUACACGUGGUUAGCAGAUAUUAUUGGUCACAUACAUGUGGUUAGCAGAUAUUAUUGGUCACAUACACGUGGUUAGCAGAUGUUAUUGGUCACAUACACAUGGUUAGCAGAUGUUAUUGGUCACAUACACAUGGUUAGCAGAUAUUAUUGGUCACAUACACAUGGUUAGCAGAUAUUAUUGGUCACAUACACAUGGUUAGCAGAUAUUAUUGGUCACAUACACGUGGUUAGCAGAUAUUAUUGGUCACAUACACGUGGUUAGCAGAUAUUAUUGGUCACAUACACGUGGUUAGCAGAUAUUAUUGGUCACAUACACGUGGUUAGCAGAUAUUAUUGGUCACAUACACAUGGUUAGCAGAUGUUAUUGCGAGUGUAGCGAAAUGCUUAUGCUUCUAGAUCUGGGAUAAGAAUAUAUAAGUAUAAAAUAUAUGGAUGAGAAGUGACAGAGCGGCUAAGAUGCAAUAGACAGUAAAGAAUAGAUAGUGAAGGAAUCAGUAUAUACAUAUGAGAUGAGUAAUGCGAGAUAUGUGGCAUUAUUAAAGUGACUAGUGAUAUUAAAGUGGCCAAUGAUAUCAAGUCUGUAUGUAGACAGCAGCCUGUCUGUGCUAGUGAUGGCUGUUUAACAAUCUGAUGGCCUUGAGAUAUGUUUGACAUGUUUACGUUAAAGUGUGUGUGUGGUGUGUGUGUGUAUGUGUGUGUGUGUGUGUGUGUGUGUGUGUGUGUGUGUGUGUGUGUGUGUGUGUGUGUGUGUGUGUGUGUGUGUGUGUGUGUGUGUGUGUGUAUAAACUGUUGACUACUGUUAUUUUCUCUGACUGUUAGUAGUGUAGCUGACUGUCAACAUCUCUCACCUGGAUGAAGACAGAAGGGUGUGCUUGAUAUGUUAAUUUAGUCCAUGACAACACUCUAAUCCCUCGAUGUUGUGUGUGUGUGUGUGUGUGUGUGUGUGUGUGUGUGUGUGUGUGUGUGUGUGUGUGUGUGUUUGUGUAUUGUGUGCAACCCUCUAAUGUACUAACAAAUUGCUGAAAUAAACAUGACUUUUAUGCCCAGAGUCAUAUAAAAUGUUCUUAAAUCAGGGUCACACAGAGUGUUUCUAGGUAGUGUUAAACAGUAUACACCUCACACACAAGGUUAUGGGAUUAAAACAACACCUGUACCAUGUCAGAUAUAGAGUUGUAUUCAAUUUUAAGUUUGCAUUCCAGUGUUACACUUAAUUUCAUAGUUUUGAUGUCUUCACUAAUAUUCUACAAUGUAGAAAAUAGUAAAAAUAAAGAAAAACCCUUUAAUUAGUAGGUGUGUCCAAACUUUUGACUGGUACUGUAUAAAAACUGAACCUGAACAAAAAUAUAAAUGCAACAUGUAAAGUGUUGGUCGCAUGUUUCCUGAGCUGAAAUAAAAGAUCCCAAAAAUUGCCCAUACGUACAAAA